GAGAUCCAGAGAAUACACCAGUCAUGUCAAGGGAUCUCUUCAGCCAAUCUGCUUUGCUUGGCAGAUGAUUAUUAUUCAUAGAAGUCAGCCUGUAUUCUUUCCCUUCCAGAGCUCCACACUGCUGACUCAGUGCCUUAUUCAGUCAUCUCUCUCUACGCUGCUGUAGCUGGACCCUUUUCCCUCCCAGCUGCUGAGUAUUUGCAUCCUCCACCAUGUCUAAAACAGCAAUCGCAUACAAGGAGAAAAUGAAGGAGCUCUCCAUGCUAUCUCUGAUAUGUUCCUGCUUCUAUUCUGAACCACAUGCUGCCACAUUCUAUAACUAUGAUGACAUGCAAGUUAAACAAAUCAACAAGCGAGCCUCGGGUCAGUCCUUUGAGGUGAUCUUGAAGCCACCUUCACCAGAAGCAGUGCCAGCACUGGAUCGCCCUCUGUCACCUCCAAAGAAAAAAGAUCUUUCUUUGGAUGAGAUCCAGAAGAAGCUUGAGGCUGCUGAAGACAGGAGGAAGUCUCAGGAGGCCCAGAUUCUUAAGCAGCUUGCAGAGAAGAGAGAGCAUGAGCGAGAGGUCUUGCAAAAGGCCAUGGAAGAGAAUAAUAACUUCAGCAGAACUGCAGAGGAGAAACUGAUUAUAAAGAUGGAACUGAACAAGGAAAACCGCGAGGCUCAUUUAGCUGCUCUUAUGGAACGUCUCCGCGAGAGGGUAAAUAUUGAGCAGAGAUUUCCUUAUUGCCAUCAGCAUCUAUACUCACACAUACAUACGUGUAGCAGAGUAUGUCGAUUGUCUGUUAAUAAACCAAUAUGAUUUUUCACCCCAUUG